UAAUGUCGGGUCGUAAACCGGAUCCAAACGUAACCAACCUUUUAAAUCACUAAACCUCUCUGCUACAUAACAGAACAAAAUCAAAAUCCCUAAAUCAAAUCGAAAAUCCCAUAACAAAUUGGAAAUGGCAGCGGAAGAUACACUUACGAGUGAAGAAACACCAAACCCUAACCCUAACCCUAAAGAGGAACUUAUAGACGAAGAGUUGGAAGAAGGAGAGAUAAUCGGCGGAGAAGCGGAGUCAUCAGCGGCGGAGAAGAAAUCAUUAGCGACGGAGCAGCAUCCACUGGAGCAUAGAUGGACAUUUUGGUUCGAUAAUCCAUCGGCUAAAUCUAAACAAGCUACUUGGGGCAGUUCUAUGCGUCCUAUCUUUACUUUCGGUACUGUCGAAGAGUUUUGGAGUAUGUACAACAAUAUACACCAUCCUAGCAAGCUGGCUGUGGGAGCUGAUUUUCAUUGCUUCAAAGAUAAAAUUGAGCCAAAAUGGGAGGACCCUGUUUGUGCUAAUGGAGGGAAGUGGACUGUGACUUAUUCCAAAGGGAAGUCAGACACUGCUUGGCUGAAUACGUUGCUAGCUAUGAUUGGAGAGCAGUUUGAUCAUGGUGAUGAAAUCUGUGGAGCUGUUGUCAAUGUCAGAGCUAGGCAGGAAAAGAUAGCCAUUUGGACCAAGAAUGCAUCAAAUGAAGCUGCUCAGCUGAGCCUCGGAAAACAAUGGAAGGAGCUCCUUGAUUAUAAUGGUUCUAUCGGGUUUAUAUUCCAUGAUGAUGCAAAGAAACUCGACAGAAGUGCCCCAAAUCGUUAUACAAUAUGAGUUGUACAGUCUUUCAUCAACCUACUUGUGUGUCGGGAAGCUAAUUCAUAAUGCUGCACUAGGGCCCUUAUUCCUCAUUAGAAAAUUAGAAAAUCUCGCUUCCAUUUCCUAGGAAAUAUAAGACGUUACUGAUUUUGCAAUUUGUUAUGUUAUUUACGCUUUGAGGUUUAAAUGGUCUGACUACUUGAACUA